AUAGCGUCGUAACCGUAUUUAUUGUUUACCCAAGUCCAAGUCUCAAAGCAACAUAGCAAGAGAAAACAUUUAUUAAAAGUAUAAAUAAAAAAAAUCUCACAUAAUUAUUUAAAUAAUAAUUAUAUGUGUGUUCAAAAAUUAUUCUAUGUAUUGGCCAGUUACUGCUGUGUAAAAUAAUUUUUCUUAGUUAAUUGUAAGGUUUAAAAAUAAGAAACCGAAGAUGAAUAGCACAGAGUGGCGCUCAACGGACGCAAAUUCCGAUUUUUGUCUAGACGACUCAAUAUCUGACACUAUAAAUACAUCAUUUAUGUCUUCCAAUACUCAGAAGGAUGGAAAUUCGAGUUUUACAUCUGAAGAAGGACUUUUAAAUGCAUUGAGUAAUUUGAGCAUUGAGUCUGCUCGGAAGAACCGUAAAUCUCGUCCACGAAGAUCUUCACAGUCAGAUGGAGAUCUAGAUCUCUCGUUUGAAGACUGCCAGGAUUUGUCAUCAAAUACCCAGAUCGAUGUUUCUGUUAAUAAUACUGUCAUUCAUGAUCCAUCACAGUCAGUUGAUGCGGAAACUGAUGCUGCUGGAAAGGAAGUAGCAGAUAACCACGUAAAUAGACAUCCAGAAACUAUUUAUGAGCAAUCGCAGCCAGUUGGUGCAGAGACUGAUGCUGCUGGAAAGGAAGUACCAGAUAACCACAUAAAUGAACAUCCAGAAAUCAUUAAUGAGCCAUCACAAGUUGACAUAGAGACUAAUGAUCAAAUUAUUGAUACUCCAAAAAAUGAUAAUCAAGAACUAGUUUCUGAUUUUCAUACUGACAAUACAACAAAACACGACAUUAAUGUUCCGGACUUAAAAUUAAAUGACAUUCCAAUAAAUAAUGACAGUCACAAAAUUGUUCUAGACGCUGAUGACCAGAAAAUUAUGAACAAAAGUAUAAAAGCGGUUUCGAAUCAAUCAGCCAAGAAAAGUAAACCUGCUUCACCAUCUUUGCUGCCUAAACCAAAGCCACGAAAUGUAAACACGUCGUUGAAUCAAUCUGCAGUAAAAGAUAAUACUAAAAAAUCAUCAGUUAAACACGUGGUCAAGACAAUUGUCGACACUACUGAUGGUAUACAAGUAAAAGAUGAGCAAAUAAAUUAUUUUGGAAUACCAGUUAUUGCUCGUAGAAAAACACGUACUCAGGUUCAGCCCUUCAGCUUUUUAGCACGAGGAAAAAAUUCAAAUACGAGUCAGAAUAUAAAGAAUAAAACUUCUGAUGUAGUUGAGAAAGUGGCCAAUAAAACAUUGACUGGUACAGCUGAUAAAGUCAAUAAAACCUUAACUAAUAAAAAAGUACCAAGUGCAUCGUCGAAAAUACUAGAUAAAUCUAUUGCCAGUAGAGUAUCAACUGCUACGAGCACAGCUAAAACAACUACAAAGAGUUUGAACAGCACAAGAAGUAUCACGAAAGUAAAUCAAGAAAAUAAAACGCCGAAUGUUGCUACUGAUACUGCGCCAAAGACAAAACCUAAAGUAAUAUCAAAACCAACAAUCGGACCACCGAAAUUGCAUACUGACAAGAGAGCUAAAGAAAGGCACGAGUUUGAUGUCCAGAUACGGCAGAAGCAACUGGAGAUUGAUAGAAUGCGAGCGCUGUUGGAACAAAAACAACGCGAGAAGGAAAAACUUGAGGAACUGGCUCUGAGGAAAACUAUGGAACCCAAAGCUCAUCCCAUGCCUGAAUUCAAAACCCCCGCGCCUAUUCGUUCCUUCAAACCUCUUACUGAGCCCCAGAGUCCCGCAACGUGGGCCAUUAAUCAUAAAAAACAUUAGCAUUAACAAAACAUAUAUUUUAUUUUCACUAUCUUGUAGUUUUAUGAUAUCGUAAAAAUAAUCUUUAAUUGUAUGUCGGUAGAAUUUAUAAUUCCAGUGUCUUUUUUUAUUAGUUGAGAAUAUUCAUCACUUGGACAAUAUUUUGUACGUAUUUUUCAAUAAAAAGUUGGUAAAGAA